ACAUUUAUUACCUGAUUAUUUCAGUGACCGCUGUAACAUUUUCUCGGAAUAUGUCUGCUGAUAAAGAGAUCGAUCAACUGGUUCGCGCCCUGGGACUGACCCCUCACCCCGAGGGCGGAUUCUUCUCCGAGCAGUAUCGAACUGACAGACAAGUUACAUUUAUACAGCCUAACAAAUUUGAAGGACCUAGGGAUGGUGGCAGUUGUAUCUAUUACCUCUUAAAGUCUGGCAAAUAUGUGUCUUUCCAUUUACCCCUGUUUGAUGAGAUCUUUCUGUGGCACGCAGGUGGGCCAUCAAAGAUAUAUAAAAUAGACAAUGAAGGAAAGCUUACGGAGAGUAUUCUGGGAGAUACUUUGAAGAAUGCUGAUUAUCGUUACCAAGUAACGGUACGCCAUGACACGUGGUACGCAGUGGAGCCAAUGGAAGGAACACAGUAUACUUUCUUUGGAGCUGUGGUCAUUCCAGGAUGGGAUUUAAAAGACUGGGCUCAAGGGAAGAGGACAGAUAUGCUUCAGAAAUUCCCACAACAUGGAGAGCUAAUCCAGAGAUUGUGUAAAGAGUAGUCUGUGAUCAACCCUGGAGAAUCUAACCCUGUUUUGUGAUAUACAGGCAGAA